CCUCGCUACCUCUAUCCAGGGUCUAUGUAUCCAGCCAGUCGCUAUUCACCCGCCAAAACAAACGACGCUCGCUGACUGGGGAAAAGUUUGCGCGCGAAACAUUUUUAAAGUUUGAAUGAAGAACACGCAUCCUCUUUUUACUUUUUCUAACAUUAUGAUAGACGGACUCUUUAAAAACACUAAAGAUUAUAAACUUUUUGAAAAAUAAAAAGAACUUUCAUGUAAAACAAAAUGCUUCUGAUACUGCAUUUGUUAUUUGUUUCGGUGGUCUCGGAGAACACUGUUUACAAUGUGGGAGUGCUGAUGGCGUCGCACCUGGACUCCCCGUUUGACCUGGAGCGCUGCGGGCCGGCCGUGGACCUGGCUCUGGACAACGUCAAUGAGAAGUUCCUGGCUCAUCAUGGGGUCGAGCUGCAGAAGGUGCAGGGCAGUUACCCGACGUGCUCGGGCGCGCUGGCGCCGGGGCUCGCCGCGGACAUGCACUUCAAGGAUGACGUCAUCGCCUUCAUCGGGCCCGCCUGCGCCUUCGCCCUCGAGCCCGUCGCCCGCCUGGCCGCCUACUGGAACACGCCCAUCAUCACCGGCAUGGGAGAUCAGCCGCCGUCGGAGGGCGAGCUGACGGCGCCGGUGGGCGUGCUGAGCCGCAUGCACCGCCUGCGCAACCUGCGCAAGGGCACCCGGCCGCAGACCCUAUUCAACGACAAGGGCAAGUACCCGACGCUGACGCGCAUGUCGUACUGCCAGUGCCGGCUGCCGCGCGUCUUCACCAGCGUGUUCGAGCGCUUCGGCUGGACCCACGUGGCGCUGCUGCUCGACAAGUCCGACCUCUUCUCGCUCACCGUCGGUAAGAGCCUGGAGUGGGGGCUGCGCAAGGAGGGCGUGCUGAAGGCGGUGCGCGAGCUGGACGGCAACGAGGGCGAGUCCUGCGAGGCGCUGCUCCGCGACGUCAGCAUGUAUGCCAGAGUGGUGAUCCUGAGCGUGCGCGGGCCGCUGGUGCGCGAGUUCCUGCUGGCGGCGCACGCGCUCGGCAUGACGCGCGGCGACUGGGCCUUCCUCGACGUCGAGAUCUUCCAGGGUGGGUACUGGAGCGAGACGGGCUGGGCGGCGGGGGACGACCGCGACGCCGCCGCGCGCGCCGCCUACGAGGCCCUACUCCGGGUGUCGCUCAAGCUGCCCACCGGCGACCGCUUCGACGAGUUCGCCGACGCCGUGCGCGCGCGGGCCAAGCAGCAUUACAACUACUCCUUCUCUGAUGGGGAAGAGGUGAACUUCUUCAUCGGCGCGUUCUACGACGGCGUGUACCUGCUGGGCAUGGCGCUGAACGAGACGCUGAGCGAGGGCGGCGACCUGCGCGACGGACGCGCCAUCACGCGCCGCAUGUGGGACCGCGACUUCCACGGGAUCACAGGCCACGUCCGCAUCGACGCCGUGGGCGACCGGGACGCGGACUACGCCAUCCUGGACCUCGACCCCGUCACCGGGAAAUUUGAGGUGGUGGCGUUCUUCCACGGGCUCAACAGCAGCUACCAGCCGGUGGGCGGCAAGGCGAUCCACUGGCCGGGCGGGCGGCGCGGCCCUCCGCCCGACACGCCGCGCUGCGGGUUCCUCGGCACCGACCCCAUGUGUCAGGGAGAGACUCAGACAGUGAUCAUCUACUGUUUCAUCGGACUCGCUAUAUUCCUCUCACUAGCGGUCACGGCGGCUUGUGUCGCCUACAAACAAGCGCGCAUAGAGUCGGAGCUGAACAACAUGUCGUGGCGGGUGCGGCCCGAGGAGGUGCUGGUGGAGGUGGGACAGGCGCUGGGCGCCUCGCCCGCGCUGCACAGCAUCAACGAGGCCUGGAACCCGCGCACGGGCGCCGCGCCGCCGCCCGCGCUGACGCCGGGCUCCUUCACCGUGGGCCUCUACAAGGGGAAUCGCGUCGCCGUGAAGAAGAUACACAGGAAGAAGCUGGAUCUGAACAAGAAGCUGCUGUGGGAGAUUAAGCUGGCCCGCAACGUGUCUCACGAGAACACGGCCCGGUUCAUCGGCGCGUGCGUGGACUGUCCCUUGGUGUUUGUGCUCACCGAGUACUGCCCCAAGGGCUCCCUGAAGGAUGUGCUGGCCAAUGACGACCUGCAGCUGGACUGGAACUUCAGGACUUCGCUUGUGCAUGAUAUUGUUCAGGGCAUGUGCUACCUGCACGGCGGGCUCGGCGCGCACGGCAAGCUGCGCUCCUCCAACUGUCUCAUCGACGGCCGCUUCGUACUCAAGAUCUCGGAUUUCGGACUCACAACCCUUUGCACGCCCACGGAUUCGAUCAAAGACGACAACUAUUAUUAUAAGUUGCUGUGGACGGCUCCGGAGCUGAUCGCGUGCAGCGUGCACCCGGGCGCCGCGGCCUCGCUGAAGGGCGACGUGUACAGCUUCGGGGUCAUCCUGGAGGAGAUCGUGCUGCGCGCCGGCCCCUUCCACCACUACACGCCCACCAUGACCAGCAAAGAGAUAGUAUCCCGUGUAUGCGGUCGCGAGUCGCCCCCCUUCCGCCCGGUGGUGGGGGCGGGCGCGGGGGCGGCGGCGGGGCGGGGGGGCAGCGCGGCCGAGCUGCUGGAGCUGGCGGCGCGCUGCUGGGCCGAACUGCCAGAUGAUAGACCAUCGUUUGAUACUAUUAAUGCUAAUUAUAUCAAGGGCUACUGCGACAACCUGAUGGACGACCUGCUCCGGCGCAUGGAGCAGUACGCCAACAACCUGGAGUCGCUGGUGGAGGAGAAGACGGAACAGCUGUCGCUGGAGAAGCGGCGCUCCGAGGAACUGUUGUACCAGGUGCUGCCGAGGCCAGUAGCCCAACAACUCAUGUCCGGCUCGGUGGUCCAACCGGAAGGCUUUGAGUGUGUGACGGUGUACUUCAGCGACAUCGUGGGCUUCACCGAGCUGUGUGCCGCCUCCUCGCCCAUACAGGUGGUGGCGCUGCUGAACGACCUUUAUAGCACCUUCGACACUAUACUGGGCUUUUAUGAUGUUUAUAAGGUGGAGACAAUAGGCGACGCAUACAUGGUAGUCUCAGGGCUACCGGAGCGGAACGGAGACCUCCACGCGAGGGAGAUAUGCCUCAUGGCGCUGGCCGUGUUGGAGGCAGUGAGGGGGUUCGUGGUACGCCACCGCCCGCAGCACCGCCUGGAGGUCCGUAUCGGCGUGCACUCGGGCCCGGUGUGCGCGGGCGUGGUGGGCGUCAAGAUGCCGCACUACUGCCUGUUCGGGGACACCGUCAACACCGCCAGCCGCAUGGAGUCUACGGGGCAACCGCUCCGCAUCCACCUGAGCGAGAGCACGCGCGCGCUCCUCGAACAAUGGGGCACAUUCGUGGUGGAACGCCGGGGCGAGGUGGAACUGAAGGGGCGAGGGCGCAUGCUGACGCACUGGCUGACUCAGUGCUCGGAGACGCCCAGCCGCGCCGCGUCGGGGCAGCCGCCACCGCAGUACCCCAUCCUGUUCCCGGCGCCGCUGCCGCAGCCGCAGCCCGCUAUAUUGCACACGCCGUAUUUGUUAGUUGAUCCGCCUACUUAGAGA